CUACAUGGACCAUAGGUUACGUACGCAAGUGCGUGUCCUCCGCAGAACCGCUCUUUGCGUUGCGCGACUCUUUGUCGUCGUCGUCGCUGUGCUUCCGUGAUACGAUAACGCGGGGGCUUGUAUUUUCACGCCGGCAGGACAAUCGGCACGUGACGCGUUAACUCUAGACGACGUUAAAUCGAGUGGCAGAAAAGCGAGAGGGAUCGGAAAAGUGUGCGCGCGUGUGUGUGUGUUCAACGCGCGCGGCCCAGCCUCUUCGUGACUGCGUGCGUGCGUGCGUGCGUUCGUUGUGCGUGCAUCGUGCCUCUACUUCUGCGUCCUGUUAGGGCUUCUGGAAGAUCUUGGAGUCGCCAGGAUGACCAGCAACGAGCAAACGCGCGAGCAGACGAUCAGCAACGUCGAGACUGAGUAUCACGAGAUCAAUUCCAAGAGCGCUUGGCCAAUUAUCUAUCAGCAUAUACGUAACGAAUGUGCAAAUUAUGAGUACACAUGCAAUGAAUCAAAAAAACCACAGAACAAAAACUUGAAUCGCUACAGGGAUGUGGCACCAUAUGAUCACUCUAGAAUUAUUCUUCAAAGAGGUGUAUGCGACUACAUUCAUGCCAAUCUCAUAUCAAUGGAUCGUGCUCAUAGGCAAUAUAUCCUGACACAAGGACCCUUACCAAAUACUGCUGGACACUUUUGGCUAAUGGUAUGGGAGCAAAAUAGUAGGGCUGUAUUGAUGUUAAAUAAGAUAAUUGAAAAGAAUCAAGUCAAAUGCCAUCAAUAUUGGCCUCUGGAUUCACAUGAACCUACUAUGACAUUUGAAGAUGUCGGUUUAAAAGUGGAUUAUGUCAGCAAAAACGAAUCGUCAGAUUACACUACUAGAACAUUAUGUAUAACGGACUUGGAAACUAACGAUAGUAGAGAAGUCUUACAUUUUCAUUAUACUACUUGGCCAGACUUUGGAGUACCACAAUGUCCAACGGCCUUUUUACGUUUCUUGGCAGACGUUAGGCAAUCAGGAGCAUUAGAUCAAAAUGUUGGUCCACCCAUCAUCCAUUGUUCCGCAGGAAUAGGAAGAUCGGGAACAUUAUGCUUGGUUGAUACAUGCUUAGUACUGAUCGAGAAAAACGGUUUAAAUGCUGUGAAUGUGCGCGAGGUAUUAUUGGAAAUGAGACGGUCUCGUAUGGGUCUGAUACAAACGCCAGAACAAUUACGUUUCUCGUAUGCUGCUAUCAUUGAGGGAGCGAAACAGUCGCCACUAGGCAAUGCGAAUAUUGAAAACAACGAGGUAUUAAAGAAUUAUUAUGAGGAGGUAAAUAAUAAAAAUAAUUCCUCAUUAGAAAAAGAUGACGAACCUCCUCCUUUACCACCAAGAACAGAAUCUUUGACACGUAGUAUGAUGGCAGAUACAAGUCCGGAUGUAUCGAGUGAUGAAUCAAGUGCACCACCUGAUAAGCCAUUACCGAAUGAACCACCGAAUCACGCAGAAUUGCCUACAGAUACGAAAUCUAUAAAUUAUACAAAUGAACAAAGCACAGACAAUGUCACAAUAUGUGAAGAAAUCUCUGCCAGCGAUACUGAUAAUUCUUUCCAGACAAAUAGUCCUCCGUCCAAUUCAGAUGCAAAAGGGGAAGUACGUCGGCGCAAUCGGGAAAAAAACGAACGAUUAGCAGCGCAAGUGCGCGAGAUGAAACGCCGACAAAAGGAAACAGAAGAAUGGCAGAAGCUCAAGAGGUCAUUAUUUACGCCCCUUACAAUAGGCAUAGGAAUUGGGAUCGGUGGGGGUAUCGUAGCGCUGUAUUAUUAUCUGUACAUGCGUAGUUAGAUCUACCGCAUUUAAAAGUGUCGUACGUACGUACGUGCGAAUUUUCAAUAUUUGAAUGACUUAGAUAAUCGAAAAAGGUUAUUCUUAAUACGCGAUAUUCUAAUGCAAGAUUAAAUUAGGUUUAGUUUUUCGUAAUCUGAUCUUGACUAAAAUAUCUAAGAAUAAUCUUCGGAAGAAAAGUGUUCGGUAUCGUACGACCCGCAGUAUAAUCGAGCAUUGCAAACAGCUAUAUGCAAACAAUGUUGUUUCCAUUAUAUUGCAAACAAUGUUGUUUCCAUUAUCGAAAUAAGCAAAGAAAGAAAACGAUAAGAAAAACAGAACAUUGCUAAGAAGUAUAAUCAAGGUAGUAUAUUGUUAGAGUACGCUGCUUGUACGCUCGAACAAUAAUAAUUGCAGAAUCAGAAAUCGACGAAGGCAGGAAAAAAGUGGACUUUCGAUUUGUAUUUUUAUAUUGUGAUUUACUCGAGAAGUACCUAGAAUGUUAGGCUGUAUCAUAUGUUCUUCUCACAAUUUUUUUGAAAACUCUUGAAACUGCUACUAUCAAUGAGCAAGUAGUUUAUUUGACACGUGCUUACAAAAACGUUAUAAUGAAAGAAUAAGAAGUACAUAGGAAAUUAUUAGCUUCCUUCGUGUUUUUUUUUUGUAAUUCUUGUAGAUAUAUAUUUGUCUAGAUUUAUCUUAAUUAUACAAUCAACCAUAUAAUUAUGAUUAAAUCCCCAAAUCUUAUAUAGGCUUCUUAUUCACAUUAUAACGAUAAGCUCAUGUGUUACAUAUAGCCAUAUUCGAUAAGAAUUAUGGUUAUAUGAAAUUAAAAUGAAAAGUCAGUUUUAAUUUAAAAGACUACAUUAUAUAUUUUGGAAGAUGAUUUUGAUUUUGUCAAUUUCCGUAAAUAAUUCAUGAAUGCACAUUUCUAUAUUGAUAUCCGAUAUUUUCCUUGUAAUUUAAUUAACAUAACAAUCGGUAACUAAGUAAAGCGCAGAUCAUAUUUCUGUGAUUUUUAAUGAAUCGUUUCUAAAUAUAUAAA